GUCUCCUCGGCAAUCUCUUGGAUUCAACUUCUUCCAAGGCCGACAAGGCGAGCAAAUGGCCUUCUCUCGCCAAGAGAGACUUCAUCUACUGGGGCGAUCGAAAGCAGGUGAGGACAGAGACGGAGAUCUAGCCAGCUGAGAAACACUUAAUAAGCCCCCAUCUCAGCCCCGCUAACCCAACACACCGCUCCUGCCUCCUCGCUCAGGACAACAGUUCAUCUUACAAGUCAUAUCGCCCAUCCUUUGUGUUCGAUAAGGCAAGGCUGCAGCCCGAAUUGCAGUCAAUAUGCAGUCUGGAAUCUCAGUCUCGCAAGAGCUGCACGAUGCAUUUGCAACGUUCGCCUCCGACAACUCCAUUUUUUGCUUGCCCGUAACAAUCACUUCCGAGAGUCUGACUCCGCUUUCUCCGAUCCCCUUCUCCGCCGGAGACGCAUUCUACCCCUCCCUCUCGCAAUUGUCGUCUGUUCUGGAACCCAAGACGCCGAUUUAUCUGCUUAUUCGACGGACCGGGUCCGGAUCCCCUUCUCUCGUUGCCCUAACUUAUAUCCCGUCAAACGCGGGAGUGCGUGCAAAGACCCUUUUUGCGUCUACCCGGGCGACGCUGGUUCGGGAGCUAGGCAGCGAGAAGUUUUCGGAGACAAUUUUCGCUACAGAUGAGGAUGAGGUUGUUGGUGAGAAGGCGUGGCGGGAACGGGAGGCUGAGAAGAAUGGGUCUCCAGAAGCAGGAUACAGCCGCGAGGAUCUGAUGGGGGAUAAGGAGAGAGAGCUGGACGCUGUGCGGAAGGCGGAGGAGGCUGCUCGGAGUGGGACGCCUGGCAGAGACAUUGGCAUCGGCGGGACCUUUGCACGAGGCCCUUCCAGGAUGCGCAUUGAAAUGCAAGUGGAUGAGGAUGCGAAGGGGGCACUACAAGGCUUGCAACAAGGGGGACUAGUACAAGUGGCCAUUGAUGUUCCAACGGAAACACUCAAGCUUGUGUCCUCCGAGUCUGGGGUUGACGCCGAUUCCGUCCAAAAACAGAUCUCCGAAUCCUCGCCGAGAUACUCAUUUUAUCAUUAUCCCGACUCUGAUGCUGUCAUCUUCAUUUACACAUGCCCAUCGGGCUCGUCGAUCAAGGAGCGGAUGCUGUUUGCUAGCUCCCGGAUGUACGCGCUCCAAGUGGCAGAACAACAGGGCCUAAAGGUUUCGAAGAAGAUUGAGGCCGGCGCACCGGACGAGGUUACAGGCGAGCGGCUCCACGAAGAGGUGAACCCGCCCCAAAACGACGGUAUCAGACGAGGAUUCGCGAAGCCCAGGCGGCCAGGGAGGUAAAUCAAGUUUUGU